AUGUAUUACCAAUUCGAAUUUUAUCUUGCGGAUAGCAACUAUAAUAUUACAAUCUCCACGAAAGCUACACUGCACUAUUCUGGUGAGGUUACAUGGGAACCCCCAGCCAUAUUCAAAAGUAUGUGCCAGAUUGAUGUCAGAUGGUUCCCGUUUGAUGAGCAACAGUGUCAUCUGAAGUUUGGAUCGUGGACAUAUUCAGAAAAUUUGCUCAAUUUGGAGCUAUUGGAGAAUAACGUACGUUACGAGGAAGAGGUGAACGAGCAAGGCAUUGUCGACAACAUCACCAUCGCCGACGAUGGAAUCGAUCUCUCCGAUUACUAUCCGUCAGUGGAAUGGGACAUCAUGUCGAGAGUGGCACGACGACGAUCAAAAAACUAUCCGAGCUGUUGCCCUCAGAGCGCGUACAUUGACAUCAUGUAUUACCUGGAACUUCGACGUAAACCACUCUUCUACACGGUGAACCUCGUUUUCCCGUGUGUUGGCAUCUCGUUCCUCACUAUUCUCGUGUUCUAUUUGCCAUCUGAUUCUGGUGAAAAAGUCACUUUGUGUAUUUCUAUACUUGUAGCGUUGAACUAUCUUCUUCUUGCUGUU